AUGGGAAACUAUCCGGCAUCAUCACCCACGUGGGCCUGUCCAUCUCCCUGCUGUGCCUCUUCCUCGCCAUCCUCACCUUCCUCCUGUGCCGCUCCAUCCGCAACGUCAGCACCUCCCUCCACCUGCAGCUCUGCCUCUGCCUCUUCCUGGCCGACCUGCUCUUCCUCACCGGGAUGGACAAAGCCAAGGAUAAGUUGCUGGCUUGAAACAGAUAAUGGCUUUCUGUGGAGUUUUCUUGGACCGGUCUGCCUUAUUAUUUUGAUUAAUUGUACAUUUUUUAUCACAACCCUCUGGAUCCUGAGAGACAAAAUCUGCUCCCUCAAUUCGGAUGUGUCUACCGUCAAAAACACAAGGUUGCUGACAUUUAAAGCAGUUGCCCAGCUUUUCAUCCUGGGCUGCACUUGGAGUUUUGGGCUCCUACCUGGCAAGGUCAUGGCGUAUUUAUUCACCAUUGUCAACAGCCUGCAGGGAGCCUUCAUUUUCCUGGUGCACUGUCUCCUCAAUCGCCAGGUGAGAGAGGAGUACAAGAGAUGGAUUCAAAGGAUUGAAAAACCCAGCACCAGAACUACGACAUUUGAGAUCUCGAUGUCAGCUGCCCCCCUUAGCACUGGAAUUGUGGAUCAGAAGAGAUUUCUGAACAAGACUGAGACUGAAUCUUCAUUUGUUCAGAGGGCUGGCCCCAUCUGUGAGGGUCAGCACGGCCAGGAAUUUCUCCUAGUUCCUUUGCCCCUACAGGAAAAGAACCCAGGAGCUCUGUCUAUUGCGUUCUAGAACAAGUCCCCCUCUUCCACAUUAAACACUCACUCAGUGGCCUUGACCAUGUCAUCACAUCUUUGCUUUCUUUCCAGGAAAGGGAUAAGUCCUCCUGAAAAGGGGAGACGCUUAUUGCAUGUGGGGUGAAAAUCAACUCUUGCUCCAUUGCUAGAGCACAAGUCCCCUCCUUUGCUGGAAGAGGAAGCUGCUGAUCUUCAGUGUCCUCUGAUAGCUGCUACUCUAUGGCUUCUCCUUGUAUGGGAGUAGGGGAAGGCUGAAUCUCAUGUGUUUUACCAUUUUAUUGCUUCCCGCAAGUGGCUGCAUUCUCCUCGCUAAAGUCUCGAAUGAGGGGCUGGCUGCUCUAAUUGAAGUCAGCUAGAGUUUUCCCAUCGGUGCUCCCGCUCCCACUGAAGUCAAAGAAUCAGGAAAUCCUUCCAGUUAAUAAAAGGUGGAAAAAAUGACAUCAUUUCCCAACCUUCUCCAAACAUAGAACUUGGGCCAACUUCUCAUCUAAGUUCAGACUGAAAUCAAUCCAGAAUUAAUUAAAUCAAAGGAGUUAGUCUGGAUUCACACCCAUAUAGCUGUUCUCCGGGGAGCCACCUACCUGCCAAGCACCAGCUCCUGCCCUCCACCGCCCGUGUAAAUAUGUAACCGAUAACAUUUUCAGUGGAUAUAUGUUACAAAAAUAAAUGCAUUUUAACAUCUGUAAUACUUUAAUAAUCCUUCCAUUGGCAUUGAAUGGUGAAGAAAUCACCCUAAGUAAAUAUUAGAACUUGUUGACUUGAGGUACAUAAUUUAUGGGCUUAUGCAACAUAAUUUACAUUGUCCUGUAGUAUUAAUGUAGGCGGGGGGCUGACAGCCACUAUGAGCCCCAGGACA